UGCAUAUCCUUCAAAGCCAUGGUUCCAAUCCAUCACUCCUUGACAUUCUCCCCAGAAUGACUUCCAAAGCUCGUCCAAGGUCCAUGUCGGAUUCCCUCCCGGAAGUUGUGGACACUCCGCCGCCUUACACAUUGAUCGCAGAAAGUGGAUCCAGCGUCGUCCAAGAUGACGGUCGUAUCGAUGUGGACCUAGACUCUCCUGCAGCCAGAACUGCCCUCAAAUUUAUCCCGAAGCCAAGCGAAGAUGACUUCAUUAGCCCACCAGCCUACUCGGGGCCGGUGCGAUGCGAUAUCAAACUCAACAUUGUCAUUCACGUCGUCGGAAGUCGGGGCGAUGUUCAGCCAUUCAUUGCGCUAGGUAAUGAGUUGCAGAAGCAUGGCCAUCGAGUCCGGUUAGCGACGCAUGAUGUGUUUGAUUCCUUCGUUAGAGAGUCGGGUCUCGAGUUCUAUCCGAUAGGCGGCGAUCCCGCGGAACUAAUGGCAUUCAUGGUUAAGAAUCCAGGUCUUAUUCCGAGUAUGAAGAGCCUGAAAGCGGGGGAGAUAACACGGAAACGAGUGAUGGUUAGAGAGAUGCUGGAAGGGUGCUGGAGGUCUUGUAUCCAGGAUGAUCCCACCACCCAAGCCCCGUUCGUAGCCGACGCUAUCAUCGCGAACCCUCCCAGCUUCGCACAUGUUCACUGUGCCCAGGCCUUGGGAGUACCUUUACAUUUGAUGUUUACCAUGCCGUGGAGCUCAACAUCGGACUACCCUCAUCCGCUGGCCAACCUGAAAUAUUCUGGAACAAACGCGAGCUUUGCAAAUGCUGUCUCAUAUGGUGUUGUUGAGUGGAUGACCUGGCAAGGUCUUGGCGAUGUGAUCAAUAACUGGAGGGAAACUAUCGACCUCGAACGAGUUCCUGUUACCGAAGGGCCAAAUCUUGUGCAGACUCUCAAAGUGCCUUUUACGUAUUGCUGGUCUCCGGCUUUAGUACCCAAGCCCAAAGAUUGGCCAUCAUACAUUGAUGUCUGCGGCUUCUUCUUCCGUGAACUGCCGAUCUACAGUCCCUCAUAUGAACUAGGCACAUUCCUUCGAAACGGCCCUCCCCCAAUAUAUAUCGGCUUUGGCAGCAUCGUCAUCGACGAUCCUCCCAGGCUCACCGCGAUCCUUGAAGAAGCCGUCCGAGCUGUUGGAGUUCGUGCGAUUAUCUCAAGAGGGUGGAGUAAACUCGGUGGGUCUUCAUCAAAAGACAUUAUGUAUCUCGGCGACUGCCCCCAUGAGUGGCUUUUCCAACAAGUAUCGGCUGUGGUACAUCAUGGUGGCGCUGGGACAACGGCAUGCGGCUUACGAUUCGGGAAGCCCACAACAAUUGUUCCCUUCUUCGGAGACCAGCCCUUCUGGGGUAGAAUGAUCGCUGCGUCAGGGGCUGGCGCUGAGCCUAUUCCACAAAAGUCCUUAACAGCCGAGAAUCUCGCCGAGGCAAUCCGAUACUGUCUCACCCCUCAAGCCAGGGCAGCCGCCGAAGACAUUGCCAUAAGGAUGCAAUCCGAAUCAGGUGUGAAAAUGGCGGUCGAGUCGUUCCAUCGAAACCUUCCACUGGAUCGCAUGCGCUGCCAGAUCCUCCCCGAUCAGCCUGCGUCGUGGGUAUAUAAAAAAUCGGCCAAACCUAUCUACCUAUCCAAACUAGCCGGACAAAUUCUCUUGGACCACAUGCGCAUUGAGCCAAGGAGCCUUCAGCAACAUGAGAUUCGUCCGAUUGUAAUAAUCAAUCGCCGCUACGAUCCAAUCACAAGCACGACUUCAGCGACAAUCGGUUAUGGCACUGACAUGCUAAAAGCUACAUCGGAUAUGUUCAUCAAACCGUACCAAGAGAUAAAAGGCCGUGAACGAUCCACCGCUUCAUCUCCAGCGGCGAGGGACGUCGAGGGUCUACUUUCAAGGGUCGACUCGCAGACAACAACUGCUAGUGGUAAGUCCAAAAUGGACUGGGAUGCCACGGGAGCGGCGAUAGGUGCCAGUGCUACGGGAUUUGGCAAGUUCAUGAAGUAUAUGUACAAAGGAAUGCUUGUCGAUAUUCCGCUGGCCACCACGGAGGGCCUCCGAGCCGUACCGCGAUUAUAUGGUGAAGAAGUUGAAGACUAUGCCAUCCGCGACUGGAAAAGCGGUGCUAUUGCGGGGGGGAAAAACUUCGGUCAAGGAAUGUUUGAAGGCCUAACGGAUAUAUUCACGCAGACCCACAAGGGUGCCAAGGAAGAAGGUGCAAUGGGGAUGGCUAAAGGGUUUCUUAAAGGAACAGUUAGCAUCAGCACCAAAGUACCAUCAGCUGCAAUAGGUCUCGUGGCAUAUCCAGCCCAAGGAAUCAGCAAAAGCCUACACACCGUGAUAAAGUCGAAGACGAGGAAGCAGAUCGUCAAAGCGCGGCUUCAGGAAGGCCAAUAUAUGGCGCGAAAAGUCCCGAGGCCUGAAGUUGACCCUGCCUUGGUAAUGCAAAUCUUUGACACUCUCAAGAACCCGAACACAUAUUAGCCUCUUUGAGGCAUUUAUUGAACGACAAGUACAUCAUCAUUCAGCGUCGCAUAUGUACUGAGCAUCUAAGAGCUGCACGUUUGAAGCGUCCACAUCUAGCAUUCAAAGAUAAUACCCGGUUAACUUGGUUUACCAUUUACAGCGAUCAAUUACCAUUAGAUAAAUUCUCAAUAGAUAACUACAGCAUGAGGGCUAAU